UAAGUAUUUUCUCUUCUUUUGGCAUCCAGCUGUUGGGGUAGUGCCGCUUAUAUUAUCCCUUUCCAUUUUUCAACUUAAUAAAAAAAAACAAAAUGGCAUUUGGCGACCUUAAAACCGAAAAGGGUGUAAACGAAUUAAACAAGUUCCUCGAAGACAAAAGUUAUAUUAGCGGAUUCCAACCAUCCCAGGCCGAUGUAGAUGCACUAAAUCAGCUAGCCAAGGCCCCAUCAUCCAACCAACCACACGCCCUCCGUUGGUACAACCACAUUAAGUCGUUCAGUGGCGAUGAUCUAAAGAAAUUCGGUGCUUCGCCACUAAAGGCCGGCACCACCACAACAGCUCCCGCAGCCGAUGACGAUGAUGACGUAGAUCUCUUUGGUUCAGAUGAUGAAGAAGAUGCAGAAGCAGCGAAAAUCCGUGAAGAACGUCUCGCUGCUUAUGCUGCCAAAAAAUCCAAGAAACCUGAACUGAUUGCCAAGUCCAGUGUUGUGUUGGACGUUAAACCUUGGGAUGAUGAGACUGACAUGAAAGAAAUGGAGAAGCUAGUGAGGUCAAUUGAGAUGGACGGUCUUGUUUGGGGAGCAUCUAAACUGGUGCCAGUUGGAUAUGGAAUAAAUAAAUUACAAAUUAUGUCAGUUGUCGAAGAUGCCAAGGUUUCAAUUGAUGAGCUUACUGAAAAGAUUCAGGACUUUGAAGAUUUCGUUCAGAGUGUGGAUGUGGCUGCUUUUAACAAAAUUUAAGUGCCUGUUAUUGAUGAAUUAAGUGAAACAUUUUUUUUUGUGUUUAAUUAUAUUGAGUGCAACUGAA